CGGCGAGCCAGUCUGACGCCAGGCACCGCGACGCUAUGACGUCACUGGUUCGCGUUUUUCCACCGAUCGUUUCACCACAGCGACAUCUACUGGAGCUGGUGUGACGCGCGGGUUCCUUCGGCCAACCGGAUACAAACCAGGUGAAUCCGGAACCAGGAGUCUUUCAACGCGAAACAGAGUCUCGUCUAUCAGCUGCUACGUUUUCAAAGAGAAAAAUCUUACGGACGAGCGCGAGCCGGCAAACUCGAAGCGACCUUUAGACAACGUGGACGAUUUCCCACGAGAUCGUUGGUUGCCUGAUCCGCAAAAGAGAAAGUGGACAAAGGGAUAGACAUUCUCGCGCUUUCUUUCCUUUCUAUAGACACGUUUAAAUCGUUUUGGAAUAAACUCGGCCGGUUGACUUUCGAAGAACGCGAAAGAUGCAAAACAGGCGGUGAGACGGUUUUGGUGUUGGAAGACACAGAGGAAAAGUAGAAAGCUACAGCGCGGGCAAGGUUGAUCGUCGCGAAGCAAAAGAAGUCUGUGGAGAAACAUGGGGAAGAAGAACAGCAAGCUGAAACAGGAUACCAUCGAUCGACUCACCAAUGACACGUAUUUUACCGAGAAGGAGAUUCGACAAUGGCACAAAGGAUUCCUGAAAGACUGUCCCGAUGGUCUGCUGACGGAACAGGGUUUCAUAAAGAUCUACAAGCAGUUCUUUCCACAAGGCGAUCCAUCGAAAUUUGCCACGCUGGUUUUCAGAGUGUUCGACGAGAACAACGACGGCACGAUAGAGUUCGAAGAGUUUAUAAGGGCGCUGUCGGUAACGUCGCGCGGCAACCUGGAUGAGAAACUUCACUGGGCGUUCCGGCUGUACGACGUGGACAACGACGGUUUCAUCACGAGGGAGGAGAUGUACAAUAUCGUCGAUGCGAUGUACGAGAUGGUGGGGCAACAGCCGCAGGCAGAAGACGAGAACACGCCACAAAAGAGGGUGGACAAGAUCUUCGAUCAAAUGGACAAAAACCACGACGACAAAUUAACCCUGGAAGAGUUCCGGGAGGGUAGCAAAGCCGAUCCUAGAAUCGUACAAGCGUUGUCGUUAGGCGGCGAGUAACCUCGAGCCCCGUCGAGACCGCACCGUGCGUCGUCGAUCGUUUCAAGCCGGACGAUCGUCUCGUCACUUCGGUCCGGUCGUCGAAACGGAUAGAGAGAGAAAUCGAUCGCUCGAACAGAUAAGGAAAACGGGCGGCUCGAUAGCCAUAAACACGCAGUCCGGCGUACACGCAUACGUAGGUAGCACAUAAUGCGAAUCGACAUGACGCGAUCCUCUCUCUCCCUUCCUCUCAGCACUUUGUUUGUGCGAACGACAACAGGGACGGACGAUAGAAUCAGGAAAAAUUGAGUCCUCGGGAAAUUGACUUUAACACGUUGACUGCCGCGCGUUUUUUCAAUAAAAUCUCCUUCAGGACACGAGUGUGGUAUAGAUUACUCUGACCAAAUGGUUUUUUUAUGCCACCACAAUUAGAAAAGGAAUCAAAUGGUACCAAAAACUUGGCGUUCAACUCCCUCUGGCAAUUUCUGUUGUAAACGCUUUGACGGUUUACAAAAUUGCAACAAGGACGCGUGUAAAUGUUAGAAGAUUUAGAGAAUUAUUAGCUGCGAAAUUAUUACGGUUGUCUGAAAAUACAAAAAAUCAUUGUCUUCGACGGAGUCAGCAUAAUAUCGCCGUUGGGAAAAAUGAUUCCGGAAGAAUCAUUAGACGCCCAUGCAAACUAUGUUACGCGGAUAAAAGACGUCGAACGGACCGAUCAAAGACACGAGAGAAUUUAAAGAAAACAAUAACUUAUUGUCCAAAUUGUCCCGACAAACCUCAGCUUUGUAUAGAAUACUUUAAACUUUUACGCUCUAAAUAAUUUUCAUAAUAAAUCAUUUUCGUAUUAUUUUUAUAACAAUUCAAUAGUUUUAUUAUUUCCUGUGAAGUAUCUUUUCAAAUACGUACGACAAUCCUUCGCAAGUAGUCAAAUAGGUGUCAUCCAAAUACGGGUGACGCGGCUUUAUUAGAAACUUUGGCGUUACCCGAAUACGGGCGACGCGACCCCCCAGGAACUUUUUGGUGUCCCCCGAAUACGGGUGGCGCGGCUCUAUUGGAAACUUUGUUGUCAUCCGAAUAUGGGUGACGAGGCAGUCAACGUGUUAAAAGGCGGAAAUCCGACAUUGCCGAGAUCCUUCGAUCGGUGUACGCUCGACGGAACGCAAAAAGGAAACUAAUUUUCCCGUAGACGCUGGCCGGCGUUCUCGGCGUGGAACCUACCACGGCAGUAGAAACAUUGUGGCCACACGCUGCCAAACGUAUGGAGAACGAGCGAAUGGUCAAUGGAGCAGAGAACACGCGUAGAACGUAGGCGACGAUAUUCGUGGAAGGUUUCGAUAUUCGCGAACACGCAGUUUACGUGGCACGAACGAGACGACAAUUCGAUGGAUUCACAAACCCGGGGGCGUGGAGAAUUUUGCGAUAGUUUGGAAUCGUCGGUUCGAUACCGCGGCAAGCGAGCGUCGAGUGGAAAGCAACCGGAGAAAAAGGAAGGAAAGGUGAAAGAGAGCGGGCAGGAAAUGAUUAAAAUAAGAGGAAAGCGGAAAGGACGAGCGUUUUAUCGACUGGCCGCAUUUCCCCGUCAAAGCGAUUUCUCGUUUCAAUUUUCAAACGCGGUCGGUAGAACGACCCCGCGGAACAAUUCACCCGGGUUCCCCGAUUCUAACGAACCUUCGAUGCCUUUCGCUCGUCCGACAAUUUCGGAUCGCUGAAAUUGCUUGGCAGAGAAAUUUCGCUUACAGGAAUUCCAACCAGGCAGACAAACGAAAAAGUAAGAUAAAUAAAAAGCAUUAAUUAAGAAGCAGAGCAGAAUGUAGGUCGAGACAGGUUCUCGCGUCGUUUCGAGAAACUAGUUGCGAUCUAAUUGAAACGAAGAAUUCGUGAAUGUCGGGUCGAUAUGUUUCUGAAAAAGUCAAAGCAGUGGCAUGCAACACACGCGACACGACGAAGCAUGAAACGAAGUUUGAAGCACGUGGCUCGUUAGCACGCGUCGACCCUCGUCGUCGAGGUUCGUUACUCUUUACCCUGGAGCCUCGCUAAACACCUGACCCGUUUCAACGUCGUUUCCACGUUAAACGUUCGCCAUCGUGUUCCGACUUGGACGAGCGAAGUGGACACGACCGACGAUGAGCGAUGAUCAUUGGAAUCAGUUUUCUUCGCUGUGUUUCACUGAAAUUGACGACGUUGAUCGCUGGUUCGCGACCCGCUGCUUACCUUAUUUUCCUCUUAACCCUUUGCACUCUUAUGUCGAGUGUGACUCGACGUGAGUUUUCAUCUCAGGAGCUCCUUUGUCGAGUUCCACCUUUUUUUGUGAAACGUGCGAAAGAAAAGCAGAAUUGGAUCCUGGAAAUUGUUUCAAGAUAUAUCGUACACUUAAAAAUUACAAAAUACAACAAUAACGCGAAUAAAACUGUUAUUUAAGUGAAUUUCUUUCUUCCUUUAUUUAUUUAAAUUGUCUUAUUUUUAUGAUAAAGUAAAUUUCAAAUAAAACACUCAAAAGCGUUGGAAGCUGCUGGCAACGAAAUUGAAAUAAAAUUCGGAGUGCAGAGGGUUAACAAGCGACCUUACGCAACAACGCUGUAUGCGAAUUCACUCGAUGAAUCAUAUUUAUUUUUAACAUAAAUUUACAUAAACCGGUAGCCCUGACCUUUCUCGUUUCUUGAAACUCUGCAGCUACGAAUUUUAAUAAGCUUCGCCCGAAGUUACGUAUUUCGUUUCACUUUCUUCCAAUCGUCUUACGACUAUCGUUUCGGCAUAAACGCGCGUACAAAUCGCCAGAUCUCCCCACGUUUUCCUAAACGUUGUACGAUCGAUCGUUCACGGGUUACAGAUCGCUGCGUCGGUGAUAAACGUGAACGCAAAACACGCAAAACUUUCCCGAGAAUGAAAAUACUCGUUCCACUAUGCCUAACAUCCGACGAGUGGCGUCGCAACGCCACGGUCUUACAUCCUUCGUUUCGUGCUGUUACAUAAAUUAUAUCGACGCUAUCGUCGCCGUCCCGGCGCUUAUACCCACACACAUAUCUACAUAUACGUACACAUAUAGCAGCAGCAAAAAUUAUACGACCGGCUAAACGACCACGCCUCUGUACGCGCCCCCAGGAUUAAGGUCGUCGAGGAAGUUCGGAGACAAACAACUCCGAAAAUAAAUCCAAGCGAGUUCCUCUCACGCCUAAUUCGCUCGUCUACUUAAGUUACGCCUGUUUUUCUCGUUCGACGAUUCCAUUGAUCUACUUUGGUCGGAUUAACUUGCCCUAUUUCCUUCUUUUUCCUACUGGCUAUUAUGUUACAUCAUUGUUACAUUAUUAUUGUAAUUACAUUGUUAUACCACGUUUGGUAAUUUGGUAUUUCGCUAUACACCGUAGUCUGGUCGUGCGAUAGAUUUCGAUGCUACGACGUUAACAGAUUAACACUUUACCGAUCGAUAGCCGAUUAAUCGGCUUCUUGUCGCCGACGCUUACCGACCUACAGCCUAUUAAUCGGCUUUUUAUCAACGACAAUCUUUCUCAUUAUUUGAGCAGUAAUUUGUUAUUUAGUACUAAGAUACCUUACUCAGUUGUGUCAGUUGCGUUGCUUUGUAAGCUCCCACAGUUUUAUACCAAUUUGAAAAUCUUACCGUUCGCGAUGAACGAAAAGAAUGGUAUUGGAGAGUCUAAACCGAAACAGAGCCGGCGCCAGGGAGUAUCUGCCCCUGAGCUGCCGGUCGGACGCGCGUAUGCUGUUGAAUCGCUAGCGGUCGGUAAAGUGUUAACCGAACGUGCGAGCGACGAGCGUCGCAUACGUUUUAAAAGACGUUGGCGCGCGAUAUCUAUGACGCACGGUUCGUUCUUUUUGCCUACGUCGAUCGUGUUAUAUUUCUAUGGGAAGCACUGGUCGUUCGAGUGUAACAAGUAUUUCGCAAUGAAACUCUCGCGUGAAUAAAUACGCGCGACCUGCGCGCAAUCUUCGAUGCCGUCUUCGUUCGAGCGUCAAUGAGAAGUCUCUGCCAAAUUGUGCGACGACACAUUCACCGAUUCGAUGCUCUUUUCUCCCGUCGUUACGUACGCUACUUGGCUUAAGAACCUUUCCAAUUUGCGCAGUUCGAGACGAGCGAUAUAAAAACUGGAGGCGAACGAAUAGCAAGAGGAUAGCAGGGGAAACGCGCAUUUGCGAAGAAUCGUGUUUCCUCCUCUUCCUGCUUCUUCUCGCUUGCGCCAAAAAUUCGAAAUUCUUCCGUAGAUCGCCUCCUGCCCUUGCAAACCUACGAGCUGCGUCUUUCGACGGGAAGAGCGGCGAGCGUGCAAGAUGGGAAAUAUUUUGCGAACGUCUGUCGCGUUUCAAAGAUGUGCGUGGUGCAACGCAUACAGCGUACGUAGCAGAUAUUUGCCAAAAAGUUCAAUAGCCGUGACAUUUGACAGGUUUUUUCUAGUUGCCCUGGACCAACUUCCAGGCUACGCGAACGUUGAAAACAGAUAAAUCAAAGCGGAAAGAACCGCCCCGUUUGUCGUUCGUAUUACCAAAGUUGUUCUUGUUAGAAGGUAGCCUUCUCAUCUACUUUACGAUCCGUAGCGAGAAAGAAAGUUUAAACGAUUUUAGAUAGAAUUAGCGUUUACUCUUGUUCCUUGGAAAUUACACGAAACGCAUCGUACCGGUUCCGCGUGCAAUGCACAAGAACAACGGUUUACAUUUAUAACGAAAACCGGUAGAUUGUAGAAUGUGGAUUCGCGCAUGCGACGACAAGGAGAUAUACCUGUAUGCGUGCUACGUUCGGCAACUCGUCGACCACCUUUUAUUUUUAAUCGAAACUGUACGAUCGACGACAGCGCGAAUCUCAGCUGAUCGCCGAGUUUCUCCGAUCGAAUGUUCCAAAGGUUCGAUCGUUGGACGAACGAUCGGAAGAAACACGUGAACGGACGCGAGAAAACGAACGGAGGUUGUUGAACGGACUCGUCGAACCUUGUCAAACAGUAGCAAUAAUCGAAAAACUAUGUUAGCGCUGUCGACAAGACAUUUUUUAACCGACGAAUAAAUGUAAAAAGCCAGCGAAUUCGCAGCAGCGCUCGCUGUACCAGCAGAUCGGCCGCGAGUCAACGCCGAUGUUUUCGAGUUUCAACGCUACUUCGGCGAUCCUCGCGUUAUUCCAUCGACUUUAAAACAAGCAGAAGCUUAUAAGGAGCGAUAAAUCUUCGCAAGCAGAUUUAUUGAAUCGAGGUACACCGAGGUGGAGCGAACAGGAGAACCACCGGCUCUGUGCUAUCAUAUCGUACGUAUACGCCGAUCGAUCGUUGGCAAGUUAACUCGUGCUGUGUCGUCGGCUCAACUAUAUCAAUUCGAUGAUUGCGAAACGUUUGCGUUCUUUCAUCCGUAUGAUUGAUCCGGAUAUCCUCGUUGCUCGCGUCGACCGAACGUUAACAAUCUUUCUUAUCGGAGAUUGUUAACCUGUUCGAUCGGAUCGAAUAGAAAUUGACGACGCGUAUACUUGAAAAUCCUGUCUCGAUUUAACCGACACUUUGUUCUUCGCAUUACUUGUGUACUUCGUUCAGCGACAAUUUCUUAUUCUCCGAGAUAUUCUCGAGUUUGUUUCGUUUCGCUUUUCCGAAGCUUCUCCGAUCAAGCGUUCCACCGACAUGCUACACAGUCGCGGAACGUGAAAAUCCGGUGACGUUAAUAGCCGACGUACAAGCAACCGUGCGAAGAAUAAGAAUCGGCAAAUUCGUUUUGGACGUUUGCCGGUUACUCGAAAUGGAUUGUCGAAGCCGCGGCUGUAACAGCGCGUGCAUCGGAGAGGUGGCUCGACAAAACGGCGACUUGUUCGUGUACCGGCGAAUCAUGGACUGAUAAUUGGCUUGAUUGAGUAAUUUUUACAUUUCCAAGAGACGUUAUAGGAAAAGGAUUUUUGCUUAGCUGAGACUUGUAGAUGCUUUCCGUGUAAAGUUCGUGUAGUGAAGCUUCGUCGAGCUACAGUCUUCUCCUUUUAACUUGCCAGUGGUACGAAACGAGUGAUACGACGAAACUUGAGAAAAAAGAGGAAGAGAGAGAAAGAGAGAGAGAGAGAGGAGAGGAAGAAGCACAAGGAAGCGAGUGGAAAAGAGGAAGUAAAAAUACGUGGUAACGCGCGUUGAAAUAUCUUCUUCGAAGUUUUGCAUUCCUCCGCAAGAUAUAUCUACUACUACUACUACUACUACUACUACUUUUCGCGCGUUUAUCGUCGCGAAAGCUCGUUUUUAUAAAUAUUUUACGAAUUAGUAAAUCCGCGGAGAAAAAGAGAGAAAGAGAGAGAAAGAGAGAGAGUUCUCCCGCUUCUUGAACAGAACAUUUCACGUGGAUAUUGAAAAUUGCGAUGAACGCGAUGGAAACACGGUCGUGUUCGUUCGUGUCGUAGGACGCGGACCAGCUGUUAGGAUAUCGAGUUCGAAUUCCAUUCGACGGGCAACUUUAUCGCGACAAUCAAAACGGCUUUAUAAGGUUUACAACGUUCUGCCCUUGGUUUGGGAAACGACAAGUUUUUCCGACGAGUUGUAUCGAACCAAAGGAAAAUCACUUUUCCAACGUUCGAUGAUUCGCAAAAAUAGGAUAAAGUACGAGAGAGAUGAACUAUCGAUCGGUUCUGCUCCCCUCCUCUCUCACUCUCUCUCUCUCUUUUUCUCUCGCUCGCUCGCUCGCUCUCGCUCGUUCGAUGACUCGAACGAAAAGAAAAUCAAUUUCUUCACGCAUACGAUUAAAAAGAAUUAUUCUACUAUAGCGUUACUCGAUAUUUUGAAAUGCUGCAAAGUUAAAAGGGCUAUUCUAAUGCGUGCCACUAUACUCGUAUCGCUAUUAUCGCUAGUUAUAUACUAAACGCUAAUCUACUGUUACUCUACUCUACUUACUCAGCAACGUGACAAACUUCUCCGUCUAGAACGCGUACGGUACUCUCUCGUUCGGCGAGCAAACGCGAAUGAAAGAAAGAAAGGAAGAAAGGAAGACAGAAAGAAGAAAGAAAACGGAGAAAGAGAAGAAACUACGCGGCGGAAAGGAAGAAAGCGAAAAAGAAACGAUUCUCGAUGGGUACAUACUACACGGACACACAUGACAUUCACACGAGAACACGAAACACACAGCAGACACGCGUACACGCCGACAUACGUCAAGGUCAUUGUUUUACGAACUUUCUGUGAUAAUUAUUAACAAUCACUAAAUACGAGGAAAAUCGUUAGUUACGAGGUGGCAGAGAACGAACGGACAUGCUUGUAAAUUGUAAAUAAACGCGACGGCGGGUUUGCGAUAAUCGCGACUGCGGUGAGUAGAGAAACACAGAAAAGGGGGCAGACAGUUACGAUCGGAUCGGAAGAAAUGUUGUUGUUACGCGAUAACACGUUAUCCGUGUUCCGUGGUUGAUCGAGGAUCCACGGCUGGUUCGUCGACGAUACGGACGGUCGUACGACGAAUCGACGACGGAAGCAACCGAGACGAACAUCGUGACCUCGAUAUAUAUAGCUAGGUUGCUCGGUUACCACGAAAAUCUAAGCGCAUUGUUAUUUUGUAUGGUCCCAGGCGUUUUUUCUAAAUAACCACGACAUCGUAACACACGAUAAUGAUGGUGAUUAAUAAAAAUAAUUUGAAGCACA